CUCCACACAUCUGGGGAGGAGCGUCCAGCUGUGCCAGCGAUGCCACUGCCGGCCCUGCUGCUCCUGCUCUGCUGCCCGUGGGCCAGUGCCAGAGCUCUGCGGGAUCAGAUUGUGGGGGGCCACGAGGCGCGGCCCCACUCCCACCCGUACAUGGCGUACCUGAAGAUAGCGGGGCUGGGGGCCUGCGGGGGCUUCCUGGUGGCCCCUGACUGGGUGAUGUCAGCUGCACACUGCAUGGGGAAUAUCACAGUCAUCCUGGGGGCUCACGACAUCCGUGAACCAGAAAAAAGCCAGCAGGUCCGGGGAGUCCUCAAGUACCACGAGCACCCCGAAUACGACCCCAGCACGAUGUACAACGACAUCAUGCUGCUCCAG